AUUUUGUUGCAUUUGCAACACAUUACAUAGUACACGUAUUAUAUUAUUUAUAUCAAAAUAAUAAGUCCUAAGGGGCUGUGACACUUAUGCCAUCGGCCAUCGUCGAGGGAAUCGCCUUAUCAACCCCUUAUCACCGUGUUUUCUGUGAUAUACAAUUUUUUUAAUGGACAAAAUACCUAUAUAGCUUCAUUUGCUUGUCUGAUUAGUAUUUACUAAUUAUUGUAUUAAAAUUUUUAAUAUUUAUGAUUGAUGAACAAAACGUUUAAAUUUUUGUUUUCUUCAUAAUUCGAGUGGAAAUGGUAGCUAAAAUCAAAAGUGACACAACAGAUAGAAUUUCUAUAAAGCGAAGUAUGGUUCUCGAAAAACAUGGAAAACUUACCAUUAACGAGUAAUGAUUUUCCUAUAAAAGCUACAUCGUCUUAUCAAGCUGUAACACGGUUUUAGAAUUUUGCUUAUCAAUACCUACCUACUUUGGGAUAGUUUGGGUGAUAGUUUGGUUUUUUUAUAAGUAGUUAGCCAAGUGCCUAUUCGAAACCAAAUUGAAAAUUCUAUUUUACAAUGACAGUAAAAAGGUCAGGCGAAAGAAAUGUGGGUGUAAGCUCUGAUGACGACAUGAUAGAUAUCACAACCUCAGGAACAAUGACUGAACGUUCAUUAAAUCGACAAUCCCCAUCACAUUCACCGGGUAUUGAUGUCAUUUUUGGCGGAACAGUAAAUUAUGGUUCAGGUGACAAUGAAGAUAUACCCGGCAUCGGCCAAUAUGAGGACUUCCACACAAUAGAUUGGCAACGUGAUGUAGCUCGAGAUAGAUUGCGUCAUCGAUACAUAUUAAAACACAAAAACAACUCUAUUAUAGAUGUGAUAAAAGCGGCCCACGAUGCGUGGUCUGGUUGGCUUUGCGUGCUAUUAGUCGGCCUCGCGACUGGUACCGUCGCCGCAAUUAUCGAUAUUGGUACGUCGUGGAUGUCAGACUUGAAAUUCGGCGUAUGUCCUCAAGCCUUUUGGUUGAACAUGGAACAGUGUUGUUGGUCGUCAAACGAAACAUCGUUUGAGUUUGAUAAAGGAAACUGUUCUCAAUGGUUUUACUGGUCCGAAUUGAUGACCUCAUCGAAGUACGGAACUUUCGCCUACAUAGUAUCAUAUUUUUUCUAUGUAAUUUGGGCUCUUUUAUUUGCUGCCCUCGCCGCUGGACUAGUUAGAAUGUUUGCACCGUACGCAUGCGGUUCUGGUAUACCAGAGAUAAAAACUAUUUUGAGUGGUUUCAUCAUAAGAGGAUAUCUUGGAAAAUGGACGUUGCUGAUAAAAUCUGUCGGAAUCAUGAUGUGCGUUUCUGCCGGACUGAGUUUAGGGAAAGAAGGGCCUAUGGUGCAUAUAGCGUCGUGUAUUGGUAACAUUCUUUCUUAUUUGUUUCCGAAAUACGGACGCAAUGAAGCAAAAAAGAGAGAAAUAUUAUCUGCAGCGGCUGCGGCCGGCGUUUCAGUUGCUUUUGGAGCUCCAAUUGGAGGAGUUCUUUUUAGUUUAGAAGAGGUCAGUUAUUAUUUCCCUCUAAAAACGUUAUGGCGAUCGUUCUUUUGUGCUCUCGUCGCCGCAUUCGUUCUCAGUUCAAUUAAUCCGUUCGGCAACGCACAUUCCGUUAUGUUUUAUGUCGAAUACCACAGGCCGUGGAUGUUUUUCGAACUCGUUCCAUUUAUCGGUCUGGGAAUUGUCGGGGGAGUUAUUGCUACUAUAUUUAUCAAAUGCAACAUCAGAUGGUGUCGUUAUCGUAAAACGUCAAUUCUCGGACAGUAUCCAGUCAUUGAAGUACUAGUGCUCACAGCUAUAACGGCUGUACUGUCUUACCCCAAUCCGUACACGCGUAUGAGUAUGAGCCAACUGAUUUAUCUCCUAUUUAGCCAAUGCGAUGUAUCUAAUAAUGAUCAACUGUGCGAUUACACUAACGACAAGGCGAAUGUCGCAGGCCCAGGCGUUUAUACAGCCAUGAUACUCCUUUCUAUGGCGUUUUUCUUGAAACUAGCCCUUACGAUAUUCACUUUUGGCAUAAAGGUGCCUUGCGGAUUGUUCAUUCCGAGUUUAUUUUUGGGAGGAAUCGCCGGACGAAUUGUUGGUAUCCUGAUGCAACAAUUGGCUGCUAAGCAUCCUCAUUUGUGGUUUUUCGACAACAGCUGUGGAUUGCCAGGCCAAGAGGAUUGUAUCACGCCGGGAUUGUACGCCAUGGUGGGCGCUGCGGCAGUAUUGGGAGGCGUCACCAGAAUGACAGUAUCGUUGGUAGUUAUAAUGUUUGAGCUGACAGGCGGCGUGCGGUAUAUAGUUCCGAUGAUGGCGGCUGUAAUGGCUAGCAAGUGGGUUGGUGACGCGUUGGGAAAAGAAGGCAUGUACGAUGCGCAUAUUCAACUGAACGGCUACCCGUUUUUGGACAGCAAAGAAGAAAUUGUUCACACGGCCAUCGCUGCAGACGUCAUGCAGCCACGGCGUGCCGAACAUCUUAACGUCCUCACUCAAUCUUCGAUGUCAUUAGAAGAUACGGAAACGUUACUGAAAGAAACCGAGCACAAUGGAUUUCCUGUGGUCGUGUCGAGAGAAUCUCAAUAUCUCGUCGGCUAUGUAUUACGUAGAGACUUACAAUUGGCAAUUGAAAACGCAAAAAGAACAACAGACGGGUGCCUGCCGGAAUCGUUGGUCAUAUUCACCGACGUUACGCAACAAAUUUUACCGCCACCUCUCAAGCUGAAGAAAAUAUUGGAUAUGGCUCCGAUCACGAUCACCGACCAAACGCCAAUGGAGACCGUAAUCGACAUGUUUAGGAAACUGGGUCUUCGACAAACGCUGGUCACGCAUAACGGGCGACUUUUAGGCGUAAUAACCAAAAAAGACAUUUUGCGCUACAUCAAACACAUGGACAACGAAGAUCCCAGUUCUGUUCUGUUCAAUUGAGGAAUCGCUCUAUCAUAAGAGAAUGUUUUUUUCGAUUCAUUAUUUAGCUCAAUUUUACUAUAGUUUUGUUGUUAUUUCGGUUCGACGGUUGGUUGUUUUUUUUUUUAGUAACUGCAGCUGUACUAAUCGUCGAGCUCUUUCUACUUGUACGAAAUCAAACAACGAGUAUAAUUUAAAUAGCUAGUCAAGUAAUUUAUGUAUAUAUAUAUAUAUUUUUUAUUUAUAUAUAUAUAUGUAUUUUUUUCUGGUGGCGUUUUUUUUUUCGAUAGCAAAAAGUGCAGUCGUCGCAUUUUUAGUGUUACGUCUUAUAUUCUCCAAAACAAAUUCUUAUAAAUUGUCGAUUAGAUUGAACUUAAAUGCUUCAGUUAUAAUUAAAAAUGAAAAAAGACGAAGUGAUGGAACCAGUUUGUAUUUAUACGAUGUUUUAUAACUUAUCGAUCAAUGCCAUUUUGUCGUAGCGAUGCAAAAAUAAUUAUGCUACUGUAAUAACAAAAUGUAUGUAAAUUUGUUCUAGAACAUUUUAUUUUUAUCCGUAGUUAUUAUACUUUUUUGUUAAAACAAAAAAAUAAUCUUAUGUUCUCCUUUUCAUUUUUGUGAAUUGAUGGAAAUAUUUUAGUAAUUUGUUUUUCUUUUUUUUUAACCAUAAAUAUAUUAUUUAAACUUUUGUUUGUAAAUAAUUAUUCCAUAGUUAUAUAAUAUUAUAGCUCGAGUAUGUAUAAUUGAUUACCGAAAAAACAUAAAUCUGUCUAUUAUUAUUACUAUUACGUGUCUUCAAUCUUCAUUAACUGAUGUGUUUGUAUUUUAAUUUUAUAUUUAUUUUUUGUUAUCGGUAUUUUUUUUUUCCAUAAUUUUAUUAUCGUUUUGAAUACAUAUUUAAAA